GUUUCCUAGUCUAAUAUUGCUGGAAUCUGUGUGAACAAAUGGGUCGAUUAACCAGGUUUCUGUCCGAUGCGGAGAAAGCAGUGAGGCAAGCUGGGAGGGAUAUGCAGCAGCAACAGCCUGCUGGGUACCCACAGCCGCAGCAGGGUCAACAGACUCAGCGAUAUUCCAACGCUCCCGGAUAUCCGGUGCAAUACCAACAGCAGCAGCAGCAGUACUAUCAGAAUUACCCUCCUCCACCAGUGCAAGCCCAAGCGGAACUCCAGGGUUCACCUGUAGCCUCUCCUCCGCAGCAGGUGCAGUAUCACCAACAACAAUACUCUUAUCAAGCUCAACCGAUUCCUCAAGACCUGCCAGCGAGCGGAAGUGCUCGAGUAUCCCAACAUGUUGGAGCCUCGCCCAACCAGGCUGUCUCCAACAGAGGUCCCAACACCGCGAUGCCAUUAAGAAUUCAGCCGGUAACUGAAUGUAUCGACAUGCCAUUCACACUACCGAUUUACUGGUUCAUCCACAGUUCCUACCCAGACUUUGUCAUCUGCAGUCGUUGCUACGCAGAUGUCAUUCUCAACUCACAGUUUCGAGACACGUUUACACCGGUAUGGUACGAUGACAGAUUAGAACGGCAAUGUCUGUUCGGAACGCCCCGGGUCAAAGACUAUCUUUGGCCAGCUGCUGUCUCAUCAAUGAGACUUGACAACAUGCUGAGCUUCAUGGUCAUGAGACCUGCACUGGGCCAUUGUCCAGAGGAUAAGUCAGUGGAGGGACAAGAGUGGUAUUACCCAUCCGAUCGACCAGAGAUGGCAAUCUGCAAACCUUGCUAUGAGGAUUAUUUCAAGCAUACCUCAUUCGGUUCCAGGUUCAGUACACAUAAGCCUCAGGGUGCUGCAAGUUGUGAUCAUAAUCUUUGGUUCAUCCGCCGCAUGCUCAAGGUCCAUGCACCGAAUAACAACUGGACAGCCUUCACUACGGGGUUCUACAAGAGGCUACAGCUUCCGUCGUGUCCCAAAACACAACCUAUCGCAGGUCCAGAGAGGACUUGGUUUAUGUCCUUACGCGGCCCAUCAAACUUCUCGGUCUGCGAAGCGUGCUAUUGGGACUACUUCCACGAGUCUACUGAAAGUCAAUCUUUCCGCACAGCUCGUCUUGGACCGUCACAGGAAGCAUCGUGUGACAUGGGACAGGCCAACAUGCUCAUCCCCAUGGUUCGGGCGGUUGACAAGGGAAACUACCCCAAGUUCUGGAACACUCUGCAAAGCCUCUCGCAACACCCGCCUUGUAAUCCUCAGGGUGCAAGGGGAAUUCGCUGGUAUACGCUCCCAAGUGAUCCUCCAGAAUUCGAGAUUUGCGCAACGUGUAUGGCGGGCACUGUCGCUACCAUGGACAUGACUCACUUCUUCAAAGUAAAACAGUCUGUUGGACCGUCUGAGCCCCGCCUCUGUUCAUUCAACCUGCCUGGGUAUCCGCGUGGGAUGCCCCUUUUGCAAAAGUUUGCCGAGGCAGCCUACAUUAAUGACUGGCGACCACUUAGCGAAUUUGCAGUAAACCUCAGUACCGCGCCACCGUGUCCCAAGAUCGAUCUGGAUUUGGCGAAGAACCGCCGGUGGUGGGGAUGGGACAAUGUCCAUAUCUGUCAGGAAUGCUACUUCGUUGUGGCAAAGGGCACGAAGCUGGAGAAACACUUCGCCAUGAAGGGAGAGCAAGUCGCUGAGUCCCGAAUCUGUGAUCUCUACUCCCCUCGCAUGCGGCAGCUCUACAAGAACGCCUGCAAGACCCAAGACCUAACAUCCUUCCUAUCAUUCGCCCGCCAACGCCGCGAGGUCUAUCUUCGGACAGUCCCAGAAAUGAACAGGAUGCUCGCAGCCGCCAAACACGCUCUCGGUCAAGCUCAAACACUUGGUCUCGCAGCUGUGACGUUCAGCGCAGCAGGAAAUCUGAACGCAACGAACUUUUAUUAUGAUCAUACGGUUGGAAACUCGACGGUUGGGCAUGGAUAUCAGAAUGAGCAGCUGUUGCAGGCGGCGAUGGCGGAUCAUUCGAUGCAGCAGGUCGGGGCUGCUGCAACGGGUCCGGCGGCAGUGGCGAGGGUUGGUGUUCUGGAAAAGAUGUGGAAACAGGUUGAAUAGAAUAACUUUGCUUGGUUAGAAAUGUCCAGAUUGUUGUUGUAUUGUUUGUUGGUUAAAGACAAUCAUGGAAUUGCACGUGAUUUCGUUAGGCAUUGGUCCAUCUUUCAUCUUGAGACAAACCAACAAUUACCAAACUCCUGGUGGUAUACUCUGACCUUACGCAAUCAUUCUUUAUCCAUUCACUAAUUUCUAUUCCGUGCUGCAGCAGACAUAUAUGUUCUGU